AUUCAGCACUGUUGUGUAACAGCGCUAUAUGUCUUACUAACGUCAAAACAGGAAAAUUUUAUUCAUUUUGGAAAAUUCACACGGAAAAUGCUUCUAUCCAGAGGCACUGCGCUAAUUCGUGCGGCCAACGCCAUCAAAACCAAACCUACUGUUUCUAAUCAAGUAGUCAGGAAAUCCCAUGACUGGUACUACCGAGAAUGCAUUCCUCCCCAGAAAGAUGCUAUAAAAGUAGCUGAAUUUGUUGGUGGUUUUGCAUGGUGGUGGGUCCUCUGGCAUCUUUGGACUGAACCUGGACACAUUUUGGGUGAGUUUGAGUAUCCUGAUGCAUCAAAGUGGACUGAUGAGGAGUUGGGUAUUCCACCUGAAUAAAAUUUUAACACAAAUUGUAGCAAUUGAUUAAACUUAUGUUAAUAUGUAAUAUAAUAAAUAUGUUCAGGAAUA